AUGAGUUUAAAAAUAAAAUAAGUCACCCUGACAUAUAAUUUUUUAUUUUUAGUAUAGUUAGAUGAAAUAUGUAAAAGAAUUAUUUGCCAAAAUCAACACUUAUUGUGUCUAAUUAAAUAACUUAUUUAAUAAUAUUAAUAUAUUGCAAAAUAUAUGCCAUUUGAUUGGAAUUAAGUGCUUAAGUAAAUUGUAAGUUGAAUUCUAAUAAAUUUAUAAAGAUUUCCAAAUCUGAAAUAGUAGUUAUAGUUAAUCAAAAUCAUAAUUUAAAAAAAACUCGAUUUAAUAGUUAAAACUCAAAAAUUAAUUCAAUAAUCUAUUUAUCCUAUUAAAAAACAACAUAAAACUUUAAUAUCUCCAGAAUAUAAGAUUAAAAAAUUUGUCAUUCCAUAAUCAGUAAUAAAGUAGUUUCAGUAAUGAAAAAAAAGAAAAGAAAAUUUUAAGGUUCAAUUUUCCAUUAUUAUGAACUUUCUAAAUUUUCUCGAUACUUUAACAUAAUAUAAGGUCAAUAUAACAAUAAAAAUAGAGAGAACCAGAGUUUCUACUCUUGA